GGGGUGGUGUGCCCAGCUAGUGACGUCAUGUCACCUACAGUCGCAUGACCUCACGAGACACCAGGAAGCUGCCGAUCCGCGCGCGCGCUCACUGAGAUCCGAGAAUUGGUCUGAUGGAGCAAAGGCACUCAGCGCAGCUCUGUACAAAAAGGAAACAUUGCGACCAGUGUGCAUACAGCACGGAUCAUACUGGAAAUUUGACACAGCACCAGAGAACACACACAGGAGAGAAACCCUUCAAGUGCACUGUGUGUGAGAAGACAUUUGCACGGUCAUCAAUUCUUCAGAGCCACCAGAGAACACACACGGGAGAGAAACCCUUCACGUGCACUUUGUGCAGGAAGGCGUUUGCAGAGUCAUCACAUCUUAAAAUACACCAGAGAACACACACGGGAGAGAAACCCUUCAGGUGUAGUGUGUGUGGGAAGGAAUUUUCAGAUUCAUCGACUCUUAAAAAACACCAGAGAACACACUCAAGAGGGAAACCUUUCAAAUGCACUGUGUGUGAGAAGGUAUUUGCAUGGGCAGCAGGUCUUCGGAUCCACCAGAGAACACACACAGGAGAGGAACCCUUCAGGUGUAGUGUGUGUGGAAAGGAAUUUUCAGAUUCACCGACUCUUAAAAGACACCAGAAAACACACACAGGAGACAAACCUUUCAAAUGCACUGUCUGUGAGAAGGCAUUUACAUGGGCAGCAGAUCUUCAGAGCCACCAGAGAACACACACAGGAGAGAAACCCUUCAAGUGCAGUGUGUGUGAGAAGGCAUUUUCACAUUCAUCACAUCUUAAAACACACCAGAGAACGCACACAGGAGAGAAACCAUACAAGUGCAGUGUGUGUGGGAAGGCAUUUUCAAGUUUAUUUUCUUUUAAAAGACACCAGAGAAUACACACAGGAGAUAACCCCUUCAGGGAUAGUGUGUGUGAGAAGGAAUUUUCACAGUCAUCACAUCUUAAAAGACACCAGAGAACACACACAGGACAGAAACCCUUCAGGUGUACUCCGUGCGGAAAGGCAUUUGUACAGUCAUCAGAUCUUCAUGUACACCAGAGAACACACAGGCAUCAGAAGAUCCUCAAGGAGUGUAAUCUGAAAUCGACUUGUGAAAGUCAAAGUGCUGCAAUGAGCCCAUCCCUCCUGAAAAAAGAACCAGAAGUGAAUUCCAGCUUGGACACUAUGAAAUGUUUCAAGGUGAAAUUUGAAGAGGUGACAGUGAAGAGCGAAGAAGUGAAAGUGAAAUGUGAAGAUGAAGAUUCAACUCCAAAAUCGGACCUUCGCAUCGAUGGAGGCAACGUGAAGCAGGAGGAGAAUUCUGACUGUGAGGCAGAGCGAGGCAAC